AUGGAGACCAAAGAUGAAGUUUUAACACCGGGCCAGCGGAUAAGGCCUCCCGGUAGCGAUCAAAUAGUUUCCGACCUAUUGAAGAAACUAUACGGCCUAAAGGUAAUAGAAGUAACCGAGUUGAAUGCGUACGACGACAGAAACUACCACGUAAUUUGCAAGGACCUACACGAAAAUCCACACACUCGUAAGGGUCAUGUAAUAGACGCACAGAACGAAAUGUUGAUCUUCCUGAAUCAACGAGGCAUCAAAUGUCCCCUACCCGUGAGGAACAUCAGUGGAGCGUAUUACUCAUUAGAGAAGUGGACCGUGGACGGCUCUACAGAGAGUUAUGCCGUUAGGCUCCUAGUCUACCGUCCCGGUGAGCUGUUGCACCGUGUGCCGAUUACCGGUGAAUUGUUUCGAAACGUGGGAAAAUUCACAGGCAAACUAGACAACAUCCUGAUGGGUUUCUCCCAUCCCGCGUACGACGAUCAUAAGACUUUAUGGAUGUUGAUUUCGGUGCCUAAGUUGCGUCAGUUUACCUACGCCGUAGAGAAUACGAUUGAAAGGGAGUUAGCGCAUCAGGUUAUCCUCGCUUUUGAGCGGGACGUGCUUCAGGUGACGUCACAGCUCGAACACGGCUUGAUCCACGGCGAUCUGAACGAGCAGAACAUCGUGAUGUGCCUGGACGGGAAGAGCAUAGCUGCGGUGAUCGAUUUCGGGGAUUGCCAUCGGACCUGCCUGAUCUUUGAGCUAGCCAUCGCUCUCUGUUACAUGAUUCUACAGGCUGGUGACCUUACUAUGGGAAAGUACGUCAUCGAAGGCUACCAGGACGUCAGAAAGCUGACGGAACUGGAGAAGAAGGUUCUGAAGAUUGCCGUUUGCGCGCGGUUAUGCCAGAGUCUGGUCAUGGGCGCUUAUUCCUACCUCAAUGACCCGCAGAAUGAGUAUCUGCUGAUUACACAGAAGUCUGGGUGGGCUAUGUUGAAGAAUCUUUGGCCAAUUAGCCAGGAGGAAGUGCUUCGGAAUUGGGGCCUGAUGGAUUGAAGAAGAGAAGCCUAUAGGAUGAGUAUCCAUGAAUAACUACUAGCUUUUUAAAAACCUUCGUGGAUGUAGACAUAAUCUUUUCAUACUGUUUGUACGUAGUUAGUAUGUUUAGAAUUUAACGCUGUCAAUUAUUAUCAGUACCUACUAUC